CUUGCAUCGCCACUUUAGUGGCUUUAUAUACAAAAGGUAGUUGUUUGAACCCAAUUGCGUGCGAUUGUAUACAUAGCUGCCCGAAUAAUCAUAAAAGAUGUCCUCCGUUAGGACGGCAGCCAUCCUCUCACGGAGCGCAUGCUCCUCUGCGCCCAUUCGCACCACAGCUCUGCUGCUUCGCCAGCGCCAUCAGAUUCGAUGGGCAAGCUCUGCUCCAUCCAAAACGCUUCAUAUCAACGGCCGCGAUGUAUCUGUGCCCACAGGUCUCUUUAUAAACAACGAGUUCCGCAAGUCCAUUGGCGGAAACACGUUCGCCGUCGAGAACCCCACCAACGGCAAACUGAUUCUCGAUAUCGAAGAAGGACGAGAGGAAGACGUUAAUGAAGCUGUCUCUGUUGCUCGUAAGACGUUUGAAGACAGCGAAUGGAGCUCAAUGAACCCCGCCUCCAGAGGCAAGAUACUCAACAAGCUGGCUGACUUGAUGGAGCGGGACAGCGAGGACCUGAUUCAUCUGGAAAUGCUAGACACUGGCAAGACAAGACGCCAGGCUGAGAACCUCGAUUUUCCUGCCUCUGUUGGAACAUUAAGAUACUAUGCUGGAUGGGCAGACAAGAUCCAAGGCUUGACAUCGUUUAACAUUCCCGGCACUUUUGCCUAUACACGCCGUGAGCCCAUUGGUGUCUGUGGCCAAAUUAUUCCCUGGAACUUUCCUCUUCUCAUGUUUACUUGGAAAAUCAGCCCUGCCUUUGCCACUGGCAACACUGUCGUCAUCAAGGCCGCUGAGGCAACGCCAUUGUCUGCACUCAAGAUGUGCGAGCUGAUCAAGGAAGCUGGCUUCCCUGCAGGCACAAUCAACCUAAUCAAUGGCUACGGAAAGCAUGCGGGAAAUGCCCUCGCUCAUCACAUGGAUGUCGACAAGGUUGCCUUUACUGGAUCGACCGCCACCGGCCGCAACAUUCUCAAGGCGUCUGCUGAGUCCAACUUGAAGAAAGUGACACUUGAGCUCGGCGGCAAAGGACCCAACAUCAUCUUCCCCGAUGCCGAUAUUGCCAAGGCCGUCGACUGGUCCGCCUGGGGUAUCAACAUGAACUUUGGCCAGACCUGCCAUGCUGGUACUCGCAUCUAUGCCCACGAAGAUGUCUAUGAUCAGUUUGUCGAGGGAUACACGGCGCGCAUGUCGGGCCUCAAGGUUGGCGACAACUUUGACCCUAGCGUUGACCAGGGACCUCAGAACAGCAAGAUGCAGUACAAGAAGAUCCUCGGCUACAUCGAGUCUGGCAAGCAGGAGGGUGCUACGGUGCAUCUUGGAGGCGCCGCUGAUGCUGCUGCCAACGGCGGGGGCUAUUACAUCCAGCCUACCAUCUUUACCAACGUGACUCCCGAGAUGAAGAUUGUCAAGGAAGAAAUCUUUGGUCCCGUCGUUACAAUCACCAAGUUCAAGACUGAGGAGGAAGUCAUUGCCCUUGCCAACGACACCUCCUAUGGUCUGGCUGCUGGCAUCCAUACCAACGAUAACCAGCGUGCGAUCCGCGUCACCAAUGCCCUCAAAGCAGGCACCGCCUGGGUCAACAUGUACAACUUUGUCCACUGGAGCAUUCCAUUCGGCGGCUACAAGCAGAGCGGCCUGGGCCGAGAGUGCGGCGAGGCCGUCUUGGAGAACUACACGGAAACCAAGGCUGUAUACAUGAACAUGGGCUUAAACGCGCCUAAAUAAACCGAAGACUAAUAGUUUUGUUGAAUUUUAAUUCAAGAAAUGUAAAUCAUGUAUU